GAGAAAUCCUUUUUCUUUCCAUCAUAUCUCUCCCUCCCUUCCAUAUUUAAAUCUAAAUGACCAAAAACGACUUCCGUCGAUGCUUCCGAAAAGGGCUGAAUCUUCGGCUUGACUAGUUAGUACGCAUCGAACCCCGAAAGAGUCAACACGACGAGAUAACUUGAGAGAGACUCUAUCAUAAAACUCGACAUCAACUCAUCAUGUCUCUGGUCACCGACGUUGCUACGGAGCAAUUGCUGCGUAUACAAGCAAAGCUUCUUCGGACGUUGGAGCAAUAUUUGGUGUGGGAACAUCAGUGUGAUACACUUAUCGAAUCGUUGGAGGCGCAAGUUCGAUUGAAGCAAUCACGACUGGGAUGGCACCACGCAGUCACUUCGCAAAUCUUACGUCUCGAAUGUUUGAAACAGGUAACACGUCAACGCUUCAUACAUUGGGGCGGCGGAGUAUCGAAUGAUUGUGGAUUAAUAUGGCGAGAAAUCGAGAGCGCAUUCGAAAAUCGCUUGUCAACCGGGGCUGUAAUUAAUCGUGAUCACAUCGACCCACGGAAGUUCUUACUGGAUGCAUUUGAACUUGUUGAAAAACAAGUAAGUGCUCAUAAUAUACGCAAGUAUAACAGCAUCAAAGUGAACACUUCGUUCAAUGGAGAGUUCAGCGUGGGUGAUAAGCGGGCGAUUAAAAGUAUCAACACGGGAAAUGUUGAACUUUUUACAACAUCGGAUCUGAGAGAGUGGUAUCAGAAGCGAGUUGUGGAGCCGACUCUGAAAUCGCUCGAGGAGUUCCAGGAGAGUGACAGUAGCUGGACCCUAACGUCAAUAACCAAUCUAACAGUGAACAUCAACAAGUACAAUGCUUUGCGUGCGGGAUGUCACAUUCCAAUGGCGAAACGCAUACUCUUGAAGAAAGUAGUCGUGAAUGUGAAAUCACGAGAUAAUGCGUGUUUCGGAUGGGCAAUGACUGCUGCACUUCAUCUAGCAGAAAAAAACAGUGAUCGCAUAUCUUCAUAUCCGCAUUAUUCGACGAUAUUUAAUCUCCAAGGUAUCAACUUUCCUAUGACGUUGGAUCAAAUUAAGAGAUUUGAAAAAUUAAACAAUCUCUUAAUUAAUGUGUAUAACGAGAAAAAGGAUGUGAUUCUGCCAGUGCGGGUGAGCAAGGAGAAGAAAGAGCGACAUGUCAACUUGCUUUACGUCGAAGACGUGUCAGAAUGUGGAAUUGGACACUUUGCUUACAUCAAUAAUUUAUCUCGGCUCGUCAGCUCACAACUCAAUACUAAUGAGCACCGGAAAUACGUUUGCGAUCGAUGCCUCCAUUACUUCGCAACCAUUGAAAAGCUGCAGUCACAUGAGGUGGAUUGCGGCGUACUCAACGAUUGUGCUGUUCGACUACCGGGUGAAAAAGUCAAAUGGCUGGAAUUCACGAACGCCAAUCGGAAGGAUCGUCUCCCGUUCGUGGUAUACGCCGAUCUCGAAUGUAUCUUGGAGAAGACCAGCGCUGAAGAGAGAGAGAGAAAAACAAGAUCCAACAUCAUCGCGUCUUCAGCAUUGGAUAUUAUGUAAAGUGCUCUUACGAUGAUUCACUAUCGGGAUAUCACGAGCGCCGAGGU